AUGAAAUUUGGCGACGAUAACCGACUGUAUGCCAUAAAUCCGGAAGCAGGAUUUUUUGGCGUGGCACCAGGAACAUCCAAUAAAACCAAUCCAAUGGCUAUGGCAUCAUUUCAAAAAAACAGCAUUUUUACAAAUGUUGCCGAAACUGCCGAUGGUGAAUAUUAUUGGGAAGGCCUGGAAAAGGAGAUCAAGAAUCCAAAAGUUGAAAUGACAAAUUGGCUGGGCCAAAAGUGGAAAAUUGGCGAUAAGGGCGAAGCAGCUCAUCCUAACUCUCGGUUCACCUGCCCGGCCAGUCAAUGCCCAAUAAUACAUCCGAAAUGGGAGGCGCCUGGUGGAGUACCAAUCGAGGCGUUUAUUUUUGGUGGCCGGAGGUAA